GCCAAAAGUACAAGGGCCCGCCAUUUACACUAUAAAUCCAUGAAUAUACCUCAUUCAAUUCCCACCUAAUUUUCCUUAAAUCCUACUGUAUCUGGCAGAACAAAAAAUGGCUAUAGAAAGGCCAAAGUUACAAGAUGAUCAAAGAAACAAAGUUGCCCAGUGGCUGUUAGAGCAUAGCAGUGAAGGCAAACUUCGCCAUGGAGCAAAAAAAGAGGCGGCACUUCACUUCAAAGUAAACUUGAAGACCAUUUGGAGGAUUUGGAGCCAAGUCUCCAAUCAAAGAGCAUCCGGUGUACCUGUCCAGGUUAAAUCAAUUAGAAAAGGAUGUAUACACAAGGAUAAGAUGCUCAUUGAUGGUGAAAAAGUCAAAAAACUUUCAGUUUUAGAAAGAAGUACACUGAGAUGCAUGUCGACUCACCUAGGAGUGUCUAAAUCUUUGCUUCAUCAAUGGGUGAAGGAGAAAAAAUUGAAACCACAUACAAAUGCCAUAAAACCCUUCCUUACCACACAAAACAAGCUAUGUAGGCUGAGGUGGAGCCUUAAACAGUUGAGUGGGGUCAGUGAGGAUGGUUUUAUACCAUUUCAAAGUAUGUACAACACCAUCCACAUCGAUGAAAAAUGGUUCUAUCUUACCAAAACCAAUGAUAGAUACUACCUCCUGCCCGAUGAGGAAGAACCACAUAGGACAUGCAAAUCAAAAAGGCAUAUUGAAAAAAUCAUGUUUAUGUGUGCUGCUGCGAGGCCGAUCAUUGAUGAAGAUGGCACAGUCAUAUUCGAUGGAAAGUUAGGCAUUUAUCCUUUCAUAACCACAGAGCCAGCACAAAGGAACUCGAAAAACAGAGUGAAAGGUACGCUGGAAGUUAAGGCAAUUGCAGCAAUCACUAAGCCCAUCAUUAGAGACUGCCUUAUAAAACAGAUGGUUCCUGACUUCAUGGCCAAGUGGCCGAAGACAUCAAGCAAGCACAUAUAUAUCCAACAAGAUAAUGCCAAACCACACAUUCAAGCAAAUGAUCCAGAGUUUCAAGCGGUUGCAAAUACUAAUGGAUUUAAAUUCCAAUUAGUAUGCCAGCCAGCUAAUUCACCGGAUACAAAUGUCAACGACCUCGGGUUUUUCAGAGCUAUUCAGAGCCUAAAAGAUCAAAAACCAGCCAAGAAUGUCGAGGAGUUACUAGAGAAUGUGAAAGCUGCGUACGAGGAAUACCCACCAGAGAAGCUCAACAAUGUUUUCCUAACCUUACAAGGCUGCUAUCAAGAGAUAAUCAAGUGUAAGGGUGGGAACAACUACAAGAUUCCACAUAUGAAUAAAGAAAGAUUGUCCAGGCAGGGGAUUUUACCACGAUGUAUUCAAGUUGAAGAAUCACUUGUCAAGGAAAGUCUAGAGUUCCUACAGAUGGAAUCAAGUGAAGAAGGCGAAAUUUUAAGGCUUGAAGAUGUCAUAGAAGGGCUGAAUGAAGUGUUACUUAUAGACUAGAAUUCUGUAGAAGCCUAUGUAAUUACAGGUGAAAAUGUUUACAAGGACAAACACCAUGCAUGUUUUUGGGGUGUUUGGAAUGUAAACUUUUUGUAGAUGUUGCCCUCAGACUUUAACAUCAUCACUGGGCUAUUACAAUUA